AGCUCGGCGCGAGCGCACGGUAACAUUUUAUUAAUAAACAUGGAGUUAAUAAAAUUUAUUUUAUGUGUAUUUGCGCUGGCAAUAAUCGGUGCCCAGGGAUCAAACCCCGUGGUUAGGGUGGCUCAUGGUGUGCUUCAGGGUUCUUGGAAGGUCUCUACCAAUGGUAGGAAUUACGCCAGUUUUGAAGGUAUCCCGUACGCUCGACCACCGAUCGGUAAAUACCGCUUCAGGGAACCUCAGCAGAUGAAGCCCUGGCUGGGUGUAUGGGAUGCAACCAAGCCACUCGCAGAAUGUCUACAGUAUGAUCCUUUUGCAAAGAAAGUUACCGGUAGUGAGAACUGUCUGUAUUUGAACGUGCACACUCCGAAGCCGAACGCCGGUGCGCUCCUGCCCGUGCUGGUUUUCAUCCACGGCGGGGCGUUCAUGUACGGCGCGGGCGGGCCCUACGACGCCUCACACAUCAUGGACCGGGAUAUGGUCGUCGUUACCCUUAACUACAGAUUGGGGCCAUUAGGAUUCCUGAGCACGGGCGACGAAGUGAUACCUGGCAAUGCCGGCUUGAAGGAUCAAUCCUUUGCGCUGCAAUGGGUGAAGAGUAACAUCAUGAUGUUUGGCGGCGACCCUGAUAGUGUCACGUUGACAGGCUGCUCCGCCGGUGGCGCUAGUGUGCACUACCAUUAUCUAUCACCUAUGUCUAGAGACACUUUCCACAGGGGCAUAGCAUUCAGCGGGUCCGCGUUCGCAUCUUGGACACACGCUGUGAAACCUGCGCAGAAGGCUCGCAGCCUGGCCGCAGCUGUGGGAUGCCCCACCACAAACACUAAAGAGAUGGCCGACUGUCUACGCUACAGGCCCGCUGAAGUCGUCGUCAACGGACAAGUUGACAUGUUUGAAUGGAAAGUGAACCUUUUCACGCCGUUCACGCCUACGCACGAGGCGCCGAACACGAAGUACCCGUUCCUGACACAGUACCCGUACCACGUGGCCAAGGCUGGCGGUAUGCAGAAGCUACCUCUCAUUACCUCCGUCACCUCUGAGGAGGGACUGUACCCGGCUGCAGCUUACCAAACCGACCCUACGAUCUUGAAGGAGCUGGAGUCCCGCUGGGAGCAGCUGGCUAGCAACAUCUUCGAAUACAACGACACAUUGCCGCUGCAACUGCGCAGCGCUGUCGCUGACAAGAUCAAGCAGCAAUACUUCGCGGGCAAGCCGAUUGGGCAGGACACAUUCGACCGCUUAGUACAGGCUUUGGGCGACCGUCUGUUCGCGGCUGACGUUGGCAGACUGGCGCAGACGCAUGCCAGUUCCGGCCAGCCCACUUAUCUGUACCGGUACUCGUUCCGGGGAAACUUGAGUUUAUCCAAUCUCAUAGCACAAAAUGACAAAAACUAUGGUGUAAGCCACGCGGACGAUGUGAUGUCAAUCUUCAAGUUCAUAGAUAGCUCGGAUUCACCCGAUGACGUGCAGAUGAGGCAAAUACUUCUUGAUAUGAUCUACAGCUAUGCAUCAACAGGUGUACCAACUAUCACCAAUGGACCACAUUGGCAGACCGUAGUUCCUGGGUCUCAAGAACUGAACUAUUUAGAGAUCGCCACCCCGACUGAUAUCACCAUGAAGACGAGUUCCGAUUUCGGCAAUCGCUCCUUCUGGGACAAUCUAGGAUUUGUUGAGAACCAAAACUACAACAUAUACAUAAAAGAUGAGCUUUACUAGAAAUCAUCAUCUGCGGCACCGCAGCCAGAGGUGGCAAAUUCUUCACAUCGGUCUUACAUUAGAAAUUCACAGAAGAAAAUAACAUUAUGAUUUAAUUGAAAUAAAACAAAAUUUACAAUAGAAAAUACAAAUUUAUUUUACAACAACUCCCAUUUAAUAGUAUUCCAUCUCUCAUCCCCACCCCCGUUCCGUUAAAUAUAAAGCAAAAGACAACAAAUGGACUAUAUAUUGCUAGUAUAUAAAGUCUAUAUAAUGCAAAACAUAUGCAAAGCAAAAUUAAAAUAUUAAAACAAAUGAAGUCACAAACCUGCUUGAAGAUUCAGUAAUCUUUUAAAGUAUUUAAAUAGACUAGUGCAUAGGAAAAUGGUGCUAUGUUAGCAAAACUUUUAACACAAAAUGCAAAUC